UUUAUACUCAUUCACUUCCCUUCCCUUGUUUCUCACUAAUCAUCUCUGUCUUCCCUUCUCACUCUUUGCCUCUUCUCACUGUCGGCUAAUAAUGGCUCCAAAGAAGGAUGGAGUGAGCAAAAGGGUUUUUAACAAAGGUUCUUGGACAGCUGAGGAAGAUAGAAGAUUGGCUAAAUAUAUUGAGAUUCAUGGCGCAAAGAGAUGGAAAACAAUCGCCAUUAAAUCAGGUUUGAAUCGAUGCGGCAAGAGUUGCAGGUUGAGAUGGUUGAACUACUUGAGACCUAACAUUAAGAGAGGCAACAUAUCAGAUGAAGAAGAGGACUUAAUUAUUAGGCUUCAUAAACUGCUGGGGAACAGGUGGUCUUUGAUUGCUGGGAGACUUCCAGGGCGAACAGACAAUGAAAUUAAGAACUACUGGAAUUCCCAUUUGAGCAAGAAAAUAAUAAACCAUGAUGUCAGAACAGAACAAACUUCCUCCUCGGAACAAAUUGUGCCUCACAAAGCAUGGGAAACUGUCCAGAUGGAAGAAGAAGAGGUAGUAAAAGGAAGUGAUGAAAUUGAAAACUCUGAAUUCAGCAUUGAUGUGGACGAAUUCUUUGACUUCACAACGGAAGGUUGCUUUAGUUUGGAUUGGGUGAAUAAGUUCCUUGAACUUGAUGAUCAACAGGAUCCAUUAGCAAUGGUAUAAUAAGUUUGUAAUUAACAUGUUUCCUUGGAUAAAUAAAUAAAGAGAUGUUCUGAGUCUAAAUUUCUAGGCUAUAACCAAA